AGAUUAUAUAGUACUGUUAUAUCGGAAAGAAUACAAAAUGCGUAUUAAUUUUACAAACAUUCGUGCGCAUUCUCCAACGACAAAUACUGUGCGACGCCCCAGUCGUGGUCCAAUCGCUAGAGCAGUCGGGUGUAUCUCUGCGUUUUGUCUUCCCUCGUAUCGUGAACUAAUUGAACCUCGGGUCAUCUGAAGCUGGGCUUACAGACGCCUGUGAACUUAGCUAACAGGUAACAACCUGUUAUUGCAGGUAGUAGUUUACCUGUAUUGAAAGUUCCGAUUUUAAAAUGCCAAGUUUCUCUGUGGUGAUUUUCAAGUAGAACAAUGAAACCUUUAAGUAAUGAGCAAAUAAUUAAAAUAAGUGGAAUUAUGUAGACAGAACUGAGAAUCUAUGCAGUUUUUUAGUGUUAUUCAGUCCAUAUUCAUUCGCCAUAUGCAUCACAUGGGCCUUGUUUAAAUUGUGAUUUGUACGUAUGGACAUCUGGUGGUCUGUUUGCGAAAUGAUGUGAAUGUUUAUGGUAUCCAGUUGUCAAGUUGCAAACGAUUAUAGACAGUGCUCAUUUGGCUCCUUUCUUCCCCUUCUUCUGCAUUUAAUCAUAGUCAACUGCGCCGCAUGAAGUGGUGGAAGGGGCUUGGCCUUGCGUGAUGCCAUCAAUGGGCGGGCGGUCCUCACUGUUCUCUGGGCUGUGGUGAUGUGGUGAUGGUCACUGCAUGUUGUGGACAACGCGCGACGCCCUCUUUCAACUGUCAGGGCUGAUGAAAUAGAGCCCCGAAGUUCGAAGCUGGCUGCCACAACGACGUCCUGGUAACCAUGGCCAUCGGCUGCGGACUAAAAUGCUCGAAGGGCGUGCUCCUCACUUUCAACCUUCUGUUCUGGCUCUCCGGCGGUGUAUUCCUCGUCGUGGGCAUCUGGAUAAUCCUGGAUCCGACAAAAACACAUCUGUUUCAUCUCACUUACACUGAAGACGUGGCUGCCGAUCUCUUGCAGUACUUGGGCUACUGCUUGGUGGCCAUAGGCUGUGUGAUAUUUCUUGUCGGCUUCUGCGGCUGUUGUGGCUCUCUGUAUGAACGCCGGUCUGUGCUCAUAACGUACUUUGUAUUCUUAUUUCUGUUGCUGUGUGCCGAGUUAUCGGUUGCCGUCGCAACUCUGAUCUACCGAGAAGACUUCCUCACGGGUCUGGAGAACCGGCUCUUGAACCGGUUCAGAAAUCUCUACGGCAGAGACUCCAGUGUCUUCACUCAGGCCAUAGACCAAGCACAGUAUACAUUCAAUUGCUGUGGUAUCCUCUCAGAUGCUGAUUACGUCAACACAAAAUGGAGAAAUGAAAGUGUGGGAAUUUCUAAUCGUUCCAGAAUCAAUGUGCCUCUUACAUGCUGCACACUAGCAAACCCUGAUGUUUCCAAUGCUGGAAGUCCAAUUAUUGUAGUGUCAAGAUUUUUCACCGGAACUGUGGAGGAAUCCUGGCAGCAUCCUCAACCAAAGGAUGAAACGGCAUGUCAGGAUACUGAAGUAAAUAAAAACCAGAUGGCAAGGCACAAAAAGGGGUGUUUAGAAGACCUGGAGAAGUGGUUCAAGGAAGAUACAACAUUACUUAUUGGUCUUGGUAUUGGAAUAGCUUUCUUCCACAUGAUUGGGAUGAUACUUUCUAUUGGUUUGUGUCGAAAUAUUGGAGAUGGAUUGGCACAAGGGCAUUGAGGACAUAACAAAAGUGACAUCUUCAGAGCAGAGAGUAUCUUAACUGUCAAAAAAAUAUCAUUCUAUUCUAAUAACUGCCAGUGUUCUGUGUGUGAAUGGCUGUUCAAUUAUGAACCCAAAUAGCUGUGAUGUAACUGGACAAGUGUUCCCCUGUUGCAAAGCAAAGUACAUACUCAGUACAUUUGAAAAGGUUCAUUAGAGUAAGAUCCACCAGUAUAUUUUUGUCAGUCAUCAUGAUUGUACAUAAAAAAGUAAAGAAAAAAUAAUGUAAUUUUAAAUGUCAUGGUAAGGGAGAUCAAUAAAAGAUCCAAACUGCUACUAUAUUAUUUAACGCCAGUUUAUUUAUAGAGUUGUGAUUUAUGUAAUCCAUAUUUUGCUCAUGCUUUUGAAGACAUGUAACAAAGUGGAGGUAAAGCUCCGUGUAUUCUUAGCCUCGACACAGGAUGGAUAUUAAUGACUAAUGCCAUAAUUUUAAGCUCAUUCAAUUGUUAGGCUAUGGUAUAAUUUGUAAAAGUGAACAAAAUAUGAUGUAUGAUUUGUUAUGAUAAAUAUGUUGCAAAGUAGGGUUGAAACUUGUUCCUUUUACUCCUCAAAAUGUUUGUACAAAUUCUAAAUGAGGUGUCGUUUCCAAAUAUUCUAUCCAGGUAUAUUUACAUACUUAACCCAUGCGGUACUUACAUUGUUGAGCUACGUGUCUAUAGUUAAUACAAAUUUUUUGCUAUAUCUAUACAUGAUUUAGAAUUAUCAGCAAAACCAGAAUUCAGUGAUAAGUUACAAAACUGAGCUAGAAUGAUAGGUCUAAUAAACAUAAAUAUAACUAAUUGGAAAUGAGAGAUCCAUAUAUGCAAAUAUCAUAUAUAAAAUAAUGCCUACAUUUUCCUCAAUUUAUAAUACACCAGCAAAUUACAUUUUGUGGAAUACUCGGCCAAUCAGAAUGCCAAACUAGAAGAAAUGAACACCUUGCCAAAGGCACAGAUGUAGGCCAUGGUUUGCAUAUUUUGACAUGGGAUAUGCUACUGAUGUAAGCAUAGAAUUCUGAACAAAUGAUCAUGCUUCUGUUCAGUGCAUUUCAAUAGCAUCCUGAAAUCUGAACAAUAAUAUAUUAUGGUACAGAGGAUUAAAAAUGGAUAGAUAUUGGCUGCCAGAGGCCUAGGCUGCAGGUGUGAGCACAGAAAAGGAGCAGAUGAAGCAAGACUUAAUGGUACAUUCAUGAACAUUUAGGAUAUAACCAUUUGUGUGAGAUGAAUUAAAUAAUGAUUGUUUUUUACAGGAUUGUAACAUUUUGGUAAGAUUUGUGUGUGUGACAAUAAUUUUUCAUUGAUGUAUGACAUUGGGGAUCAGUCAAAAUAAACUGCACACUGAUCAUCUCUGAUCACAGUACGCAGCUCUCAUUUCAAGAAAGAAUUCCAGUGCACAUGACCAUGAUAUAUGAGGUAAACAACAGUGGUACCUGAUCUACAUACUAUAUCUCUUCUGCAAGUGAAGUAAUGAAUGCUUAAGGGAGAAAAAUGGAGCCAUUAUUCUAUAUUGAACACAGGGGUGAUGUGUUUUCUUAAACAUGCUAUGCAGUUUUCUACUCCCUUCCAGUUUCACUUUUAGCCUAAUUAGCCUACUGUUUUGUUGCCUAGAAUAUUAUCUUUUCACAUUUGCAUCAACAAAAUAUUAAGCAGCUAAGCACAAAUUAAUUUCUUUAAUUUAAAUCUGGAUUACAGUUGUGCUGCAAACAAGGUUUUUGAUGAAAUACAAAUAAAGAGAGUGAUCUACAAAUGCAUAUGAAACAAAGAAAUUUGCUUCUUAUGAAAAAAUCUAGUAUUUUCAUUUGUUGAUUUAAGUGGUUAUGAAUUUUCAUAUGUGUGUCAAGAAGUUUCGCAGUUAAUAUGCUACAUGUUACAAUAUGGCUAUUAACCGUUAACUAAUCAUUAUACAUAUACCUUUGCUAAAGUGUAAAAUAAGUGUGUGUGUUUUAAAGAACAGUAUUGGGAGGCUGAUGAAGACCAUGUAAGUUCGAAACAUGUAACUCAUAUAUUAUUAUAAUUAAUUGAUAAUGUACAUAGAUAAUAUGUAAUAAUAUUUUUCUUGUGAUAUUGA